GAGCCCUUUGAAGAUGGCUAUGCAAAUGGUGAGGAAGGCACACCAGCUGGGGAAGCAGCUGCCACAUACACACCUGAUAGCAAAGGAGUGGUCAAGUUCGGCUGGAUAAAAGGUGUUUUGGUACGGUGUAUGUUAAAUAUUUGGGGUGUGAUGCUCUUCAUCAGACUAUCAUGGAUUGUAGGACAAGCUGGGAUAGGUCUAUCUGUCUUGGUUAUUGGGAUGGCUACUGUUGUGACUACUAUUACAGGACUGUCUACUUCAGCAAUAGCUACAAAUGGGUUUGUAAGAGGAGGAGGAGCAUAUUACUUAAUUUCCAGAAGUCUAGGGCCAGAGUUCGGUGGUGCCAUAGGUCUGAUUUUUGCAUUUGCCAAUGCUGUUGCGGUAGCAAUGUAUGUUGUUGGAUUUGCAGAAACAGUUGUGGAGCUGCUCAAGGAAAAUGGAACGUUGAUGGUUGAUGAAAUGAAUGAUAUCAGAAUCAUAGGAGCUAUCACAGUGGUGAUUUUACUGGGCAUUUCUGUUGCUGGAAUGGAAUGGGAAGCAAAAGCACAGAUAGUCUUACUGGUGAUCCUCAUAAUUGCUAUUGGAGACUUUGUAAUAGGAACAUUCAUUCCUUUGGAUAGCAAGAAGCCUAAAGGUUUCUUUGGUUAUAAAGCUGAAAUAUUUACGGAGAAUUUUGGACCAGAUUUUCGACAUGGGGAAACUUUCUUUUCUGUGUUUGCUAUUUUCUUCCCUGCUGCAACUGGCAUACUUGCUGGUGCAAAUAUCUCAGGUGAUCUUGCGGAUCCUCAGUCAGCGAUACCUAAAGGAACGCUGUUGGCCAUCUUAAUUACUACGCUGGUUUACGUAGGAAUUGCAGUAUCUGUAGGAUCCUGCGUUGUUCGAGAUGCCACAGGGAACGUUAAUAACACCAUUGUCACAGAGCUGACAAAUUGCACUACUGCAGCUUGCAAAUUAAACUAUGAUUUCUCAUCCUGUCAGACAGAGUGUCACUAUGGGCUGAUGAACAAUUUCCAGGUGAUGAGCAUGGUAUCAGGAUUUGCACCGCUGAUUUCUGCAGGUAUUUUUUCAGCCACCCUGUCUUCUGCUUUAGCAUCUCUUGUGAGUGCACCUAAGAUCUUCCAGGCUUUGUGCAAGGACAACAUUUAUCCAGGAUUUCAGAUGUUUGCUAAAGGCUAUGGGAAGAACAAUGAACCACUGAGAGGAUAUCUUCUAACAUUUUUAAUUGCUCUUGGAUUCAUACUAAUUGCUGAACUGAACGUCAUUGCUCCAAUUAUUUCUAAUUUCUUCUUGGCCUCAUAUGCCUUGAUUAACUUCUCUGUAUUCCAUGCUUCUCUUGCAAAGUCUCCAGGUUGGCGCCCUGCUUUCAAAUACUACAACAUGUGGAUUUCUCUGGUUGGAGCUAUUCUGUGCUGCAUUGUGAUGUUUGUCAUUAAUUGGUGGGCAGCACUUUUAACAUAUGUCAUAGUCCUUGGACUGUACAUUUAUGUCACCUACAAGAAACCAGAUGUGAACUGGGGUUCCUCAACACAAGCUUUGACUUACUUGAAUGCACUGCAGCAUUCUAUUCGGCUCUCAGGAGUGGAAGAUCACGUGAAAAACUUCAGACCUCAGUGCUUAAUUAUGACAGGUGCUCCAAAUGCACGUCCAGCUUUGCUUCACCUUGUCCAUGCUUUCACCAAGAAUGUGGGCUUGAUGAUCUGUGGGCACGUACACAUGGGUCCUCGGAGGCAAGCCAUGAAGGAACUAUCAACUGAUUUGGCUAAAUACCAGCGAUGGCUAAUUAAAAACAAGAUGAAGGCAUUCUAUGCACCAGUGCAUGCAGAAGACUUGAGGGAUGGAGGACAGUAUUUAAUGCAGGCUGCUGGUCUGGGUAGAAUGAGACCUAACACCCUUGUUGUUGGGUUUAAGAAAAACUGGAGACAAGGUGACAUGAGAGAUGUUGAAACCUAUAUCAAUUUAUUCCAUGAUGCCUUUGAUGUUCAGUAUGGUGUAGUUGUCAUCCGCCUAAAGGAGGGUCUAGACAUUUCUCACCUUCAGGGCCAAGAAGAGUUACUGUCAUCCCAAGAAAAAUCUCCGUGUACCAAGGAUGUCAUAGUAAAAGUGGAUUACACGAAGAAGGCUGAGACAGACACUUGUAUAGCUUUUGCACCAUCAUCUAGUGAAAGAACUGCUCUACAGAAAGAGGAAGACGAAGAUGGAAAGACUCCAACACAGCCACUGUUGAAAAAAGAUUCAAAGACCCCAUCUUCUCCUUUAAACCUGGCUGACCAAAGACUUCUUGAUGCUAGUACUCAGUUUCAGAAGAAACAAGGCAAAAGCAAUAUUGAUGUCUGGUGGCUCUUUGAUGAUGGAGGUUUGACACUGCUGAUCCCAUAUCUUCUUACAACCAAGAAGAAGUGGAAAGACUGUAAGAUUAGAGUGUUCAUCGGUGGUAAAAUAAACAGGAUUGAUCAUGACAGAAGAGCGAUGGCUACUUUGCUCAGCAAAUUUCGCAUAGAUUUCUCGGACAUUAUGGUUCUUGGGGAUAUUAAUACUAAGCCAAAGAAAGAAAAUAUUGCAGCUUUUGAAGAAAUGAUAGAGCCUUUCCGACUUCACGAAGACGAUAAAGAACAAGAAGUUGCAGACAAAAUGAAGGAGGAUGAACCAUGGAGAAUAACAGAUAAUGAACUUGAGCUUUACAAAACAAAGACUUACCGCCAGAUUAGGCUAAAUGAGUUGCUGAAAGAACAUUCAAGUACAGCUAACAUAAUUGUUAUGAGUUUGCCAGUUGCACGAAAAGGUGCAGUUUCUAGUGCACUAUACAUGGCCUGGUUAGAAGCUCUUUCUAAGGAUCUGCCACCGAUUCUCCUCGUUCGUGGGAAUCAUCAGAGUGUUCUCACCUUCUAUUCCUAAGAGUACUGCACGUGGGACAGCUGUGGUGAAAUGGUACUUCAGUGCCCAGGGGAGAGUGACUGACAUGGUCUAUAGUUUAUUAACAUCACAAAGGCAAAAAGUGACUCUUUCACUAUUUCACUGACUUGAAAGCACACAAGGAAAGUCACUGUAUUUCUAAAGUUGUGACAUCUUCGGUUUUAUUCUAUAUUUUCUGUAAUUUAAUCUUGCUUAAUGGGAGAGGAUUCCUCGUUAGAUUGAAGAACAAGACAAGCCUUUUGUUUGCUAUUUGAAUAGCAGCAAUAAAAUGUUUUAUUUUUGAUCAAUGAAAGGAUUAUAGAUUUAUAAAAGCCUUUUAGCCUUGAGGUGCCUUCUGAAAUGAACCAAAUCUCAUCUAUACAUCCUAUUUUGUAAAUUUAUAUAGAAUGUCAAAAUCUGCCUUCAACUAAGAGUUUAGAUCAGACUUUCUUUAGUUUCUAGUCUCUUCCAUAUUACAAUAAAAAUGAAUGCUGCUUUUCA